UUUUCUCUAUUAAUGAAAAUUGAUUUUGAACUACACUUGAGUCUGUAGUUCCUUCAAAUAUGAGCACAUACUCGCUUCGAGCUCACAAAUAUUUACUUGUUGUGAUUUUCUUCACGCUGUUUUCGAUCGGUUGGAGCCUUAGGGUGAUCCCAAAUCACGCAAAGUUAACGCGCUUGCAAGAAGAGAAAUCAGAAAUUAGAGGCGAAAAGGAAGAAACAAGAGAAGACAACACGGCGAUGGAACUCUACCCGAAUGGUUCUACGAUUCCAGAUUGUUCGCAUGCAUGUGGACCAUGUUCGCCUUGCAAGAGGGUUAUGGUGGGUUUCAUCAAAUGCGCCAUGACAGAGUCGUGUCCUAUCGUUUACAGAUGCACUUGUAAAGGCAAAUACUACCAUGUUCCGUCAAACUGAUCGAGAUGAUCAUAGUUAUUAUUUUUGUUAGAAGUUUUGGAUCAUUGUUGUAAUUCGAAGAAAGUGAUGAUGAGUUUUGAGUUUUGUUUUACCAUUUGAUAUGCUUAGAUUGGUUAGGAAUGUUAG